AUGGAAGGAGCCGAAGCAGCAAGCGAACGGCCCGCCACCACAUGGAGGCCCAGAUUCGACCCGGACGAGUAUCAGAUGCGAAAACGCAAGACAUCGAAGAGCCAACUGCCGCGCCGGGAGAAUGACGUUUACGUCAACAUGUCGACUAAUUUCAAAGGACAGUUGGAGCGCUGCCGCAAGCUGAUUGACAGCGGAAAGACCGAAGUGUUUGUACAUGCCAUGGGCGCGGCCGUGGGCCGAGCUAUCAACUUGGCGUUGCAAGUGGAGAGCAACUACCAAGGACUCCUCGAAAUAGACGUUCGCACGUCCACGGUUGGCGUCGUCGAUGACUUGGAGCCGCUCGCUGACGACCUGGAGCCUACGACACAGUCGCGGCAGACGUCCGCUGUUCACAUUAGACUGUUCAUGCCGAAUGCACAGAAGCAAGAAUAG